AUGAAGGUACGCAACGUUUUGGCUGUGGCUGCAGUUUUGGCAGCUGCGUCUGCUGUUUACCCUCCAGUUGCUGCUGAUAAGAGCAUCGACAGCGAUGAUCUCGUGACCAUCCAGUCGAUUGAGGCCAACGAAGAUGAAAAAACCUUGGAGCACCAUCUGAGUAACCUGAAAGCCGAAGCUGCAAAAGACAGUUCCGGACCUGUUGCCGACUUCGAGGCGCCUCGCGAGCUGUCCGACGCAUUCCUGAUGUCCACAUCCAUGAUUGUGGUGAGCGAGAUUGGCGACAAGACGUUCCUUGUUGCUGCGCUCAUGGCGAUGAAACACCCUAGAGCGGUGGUGUUUUCCGCCGCAUUUGCUGCCCUUGUGCUUAUGACAGUGCUUUCCGGAGUGGUGGGCCACGCAUUGCCUGCCCUGAUCCCGCAGAGAUUGACCCAAUUUUUUGCCGGUGUGCUGUUCAUUGUGUUCGGUAUCAACCUCCUCCGAGAGGGGCUGUCGAUGUCCAAGGAUGCGGGAAUGGGCGACGAGAUGGCCGAGGUUGAGGAGGAGAUCGAGAUUUCGGCUUUGAACCAACGCUCGGGAAGUUUGGAAGAAGCGGCCGGACCAGGCGCAGUUGUGAAAAAGCCGUUGUGGAAAGAAGCCAUUUCCCACGUCUCCAACCUCGCCUCCUACAUCCUGUCUCCCGUGUGGGUUCAAACUUUUGCCAUGACUUUCCUCGGUGAGUGGGGAGACCGUUCCCAAAUCGCUACCAUUGCCAUGGCUGCCGGUUCUGACUACUGGAUGGUUAUUCUCGGAGGCAUUGUCGGACAUGGUCUGUGUACGGGGCUUGCGGUCAUAGGAGGCCAGCUGUUGGCCACCAAGAUCAGCAUGAGAAACGUCACAUUGGGCGGAUCCAUUGCCUUUUUUGUGUUUUCGAUUCUUUAUUUCUACAGUGCCUAUUACGACCUCGAGUCAUAG